GCGGUCGAGAAAGUUCCUCCGGUGGCAUUUAAAGCUGCGCGGCGUUUGAGGAGCGUCAGUUGUGUCGUGACUCUCUGUGCGUAUUUGUACGGUUUACGACAUUCACAAAGAUGCCUGAGGAAGCUCGAAUGGAAGAAUCCAGCGAGGUGGAGACCUUCGCUUUCCAAGCUGAGAUCGCUCAGCUUAUGAGCCUCAUCAUUAACACCUUCUACUCCAACAAGGAAAUAUUCCUUCGAGAAUUGAUUUCCAACUCCUCGGAUGCUUUGGACAAGAUCAGGUACGAGUCUUUGACUGACCCCACGAAGCUGGAUGCGCAGAAGGAGCUUUACAUCAAGAUCAUUCCCAACCGUGAUGACCGUACCCUCACCCUGAUCGAUACUGGAAUCGGAAUGACUAAAGCUGAUCUCAUAAACAACCUGGGCACGAUCGCAAAAUCCGGCACAAAGGCCUUCAUGGAAGCCCUUCAGGCUGGUGCUGACAUCAGCAUGAUUGGUCAGUUUGGUGUGGGCUUCUACUCUGGGUACUUGGUCGCCGAUAGGGUUACCGUGACUUCCAAGCACAACGACGAUGAACAGUACACGUGGGAGUCGUCAGCCGGUGGCUCGUUCACCAUUCGCACGGACAACACUGAACCCCUCGGACGUGGUACGAAAAUUGUGCUGCAUCUGAAGGAAGAUCAGACCGAGUAUCUCGAAGAGCGCCGUAUCAAGGAGGUUGUAAAGAAGCACUCCCAGUUCAUCGGGUACCCCAUCAAGCUCCUGGUCCAGAAAGAGCGCGAGAAGGAAGUGUCUGACGAUGAAGAGGAAGAAGAAAAAAAGGAAGAGAAGAAAGAGGAAGAAGAGGAGGAAGGAAAGCCAAAGAUCGAGGAUGUUGAUGAGGAGGAAGAGAAAGAAAAGGAAAAGAAGAAAAAGAAGAUUAAGGAGAAGUACUCCGAAGAUGAGGAGCUCAACAAAACCAAGCCCAUUUGGAUGCGCAACCCAGACGAUAUUUCUCAGGAGGAGUAUGGAGAAUUUUACAAGUCUCUCACCAACGACUGGGAAGAUCACUUGGCAGUGAAGCACUUCUCUGUAGAGGGGCAACUGGAGUUCCGUGCUCUGCUCUUUGUCCCCAAGAGGGCACCAUUCGACCUCUUCGAGAACAGGAAGCAAAAGAACAAUAUUAAGCUGUAUGUGAGAAGGGUCUUCAUCAUGGACAAUUGUGAGGAUCUUAUUCCAGAGUACCUAAACUUCAUCAAGGGUGUUGUUGACUCCGAGGAUCUCCCUCUGAACAUUUCCCGUGAGAUGCUUCAGCAAAACAAGAUCCUGAAGGUCAUCAGGAAGAACCUGGUGAAGAAGUGUCUUGAACUCUUCGACAGCAUUGCAGAGGACAAAGAAAUGUACAAGAAGUUCUACGAACAGUUCAGCAAGAACAUGAAGCUGGGCAUCCACGAGGACUCUCAGAACAGGAAGAAGCUGGCAGAGUUCCUCCGCUACUACACAUCUGCCUCUGGUGACGAGACCUGCUCCCUCAAGGACUACGUAUCCCGCAUGAAGGAGAACCAGAAGCACAUCUACUUCAUCACUGGAGAAUCGAAGGAUCAAGUGGCCAACUCUGCCUUUGUUGAACGUGUCCGCCAACGGGGCUUCGAAGUCAUCUACAUGAUCGAGCCCAUCGACGAGUACUGCGUCCAGCAGCUCAAGGAGUACGACGGCAAGACCCUCGUCUCUGUCACCAAGGAGGAACUGGAGCUCCCAGAGGACGAAGCAGAAAAGAAGAGGCAAGAAGAGAACAAGCAGAAGUUCGAAAACCUCUGCAAAGUCAUGAAGGACAUCCUCGACAAGAAGGUUGAGAAGGUCGUCGUGUCUAACCGUCUGGUGAAGAGCCCUUGCUGCAUCGUCACCAGCAAGUAUGGCUGGUCUGCAAACAUGGAACGCAUCAUGAAGGCCCAAGCCCUCAGGGACUCUUCCACCAUGGGCUACAUGGCAGCUAAGAAGCACUUGGAAGUCAACCCUGAUCACCCCAUCAUGGAGACCUUGAGGCAGAAGGCUGAUGCUGACCGCAACGACAAGGCUGUCAAGGACCUUGUGAUGCUGCUCUUCGAGACUUCUCUGCUCUGCUCUGGUUUUGCAUUGGAGGAUCCUCAGCUGCACGCAGACCGCAUCUACCGCAUGAUCAAGCUGGGUCUUGGCAUCGAUGACGAUGAAGUCGCAGCUGGCGGUGACACCACCACCAGCUCCGCAGCAGUCACUGAAGACAUGCCACCACUGGAAGGUGAUGAGGAGGAUGCAUCUCGCAUGGAAGAGGUCGACUAAGUGACCAUGGACUAUAGCAUUCCAAUUACUGCUCAUCAACUGUACAAACUCAUCCAUUCUUUGUGUUUUGUGUUUGAUUAAAUUAACUAGUCACGAUGUUCCAA